GCUGUCCACAACACAGCUAUUGACCACACACGGCUUAACCAGCUAGACCUGGGGCUGGUGGCCAAAACAAAAGGACUGGCUUGAUUGCCUCUCUUUUCUUCGCUCCUUACCGACUCUACCAGUUUUCCAUUUCGCUCUCUCGGCCACUGACUCGCGUUCGUGUCAAUCUCUUUACCUUCUUAUGGUAGUGGCAUCCAUUCGCAUCUGAACAUAUCGACAUUCGUUUGAUUCCCUCCUGGAGUCUUCCGGCCUCUGGAACUCUCUGGUUGCUUACGCUGUAUGCGUGAUUUGCAAUCCUCCGCUCUUUCUUUUCUAUGUCCCGUGGGCCCUCCUGCCAUUUCGUGCUCGCGUGCGCGUUCUCUCUUCCUCGUCUUUAUUUUUGCUGCACUGCAUUUCCCUCUUCGUUUUCAUUCAUCUGCUUUCUCUAUUUCUUCAUAUCAAUCUCUAUCUCAACCGGGUCCAGAUGCAAUGAGACAGGACAGCUUAGCAAUCCGCUAGUAUUUCAUUCCAUUGAAUGAAAUAAUGCCGUUUUUCAAGGACCUCCGUCGCCGUUCAAAGGCAACUUUCACCUUGACCCCAUCUGCCGCCUCACUCAAUCCCAAUGACGAUGUGUUCCCUGACAAAUUGUCCUCUAAUCUCGAUUCCCCGACCGCCAGUUUGCAUAGCUCCCCUAUUUCUUUUCUCAAAAGCAACAGUAUCGAUCUACCUUCCCCACAUCUACCCAUCCUCACCAAGUUGAACACGAACGGAUACGCGACGCAAGUGGCACCUCCUCAGAGACCUGUUCCAAUUGGAUCCCCCUCAACCCCCCGGGGCAGUACUACAAACGGUAGCCUUCUUUCUCCAACCAAUUCCGGAAGAGGGCCGGCGCCCGCGCCUCUAUAUGCUCCGAGGGUUUUUUCUAUUUCCGAUAACUCCUGGGUCCACCAAAAAAUCCUUUUGAUUUAUGGUCAGAUUGGAGACGCGCGACAACACUCCAUGGAUGGAAACUUAACCGUUUAUCAUCCCCAAGAUUCGUUCCCUCCCACCACCUGGCCUGUCUAUGAAUCGCACUUCAAGGCUUUGAUUCAUCUUGUCCCGGGCCCGAAUAAACUACGGCUUGAAUUCACACCCUCGAGAAUUCAGAAUCCAAUGUCCCACUCAUCAUGGGUGAAUAUAAACUAUUUACCAUUGAUAAACUCUCCUCCCCUCCAGCUAGCAAUUGUACUGGGGAGCGAUUCUGAUGGUCAUUUUGAUGCUGCCCCAGAAAGGGUAGCUCGGGAGGGAAACAGUUUGGAUACUGCCAUACGGAAAUUCCGAAUGGCUGCGUAUCUGUGGCAAUCGUUUACUGGGGAACAGAUGUAUCGUAACAAGUUCGGAAGGCGCUGUUUCCGAUUUGAAGAGGAGUGGCAGGCUGGAACAAUAAGCUUACGUGACGCCAAAUCGGAUCAGAUGAGAAACGAGGCUAGAAUACAUAUUAUCCGCUGUGACAGAACCGUUGACGAGCUUAGAAAGCUUGGCGUUGUGCAACAGGAUGGCACUACAUCGGACAGGGGCGAGCUCUUUAACGUUGUACUCGAAGCAGUCAAACGUUAUUUUGGUCCCCAAGAGGGCCAAACGCAAUAUGUCUCGGCACUGCUACUUGAUACCCACUGGGACAAGGGAACCCAGACAAUCACAGGCCAUGUUGCAGCGGGCUCUGUUGAAGAUCAUAUCAAGCUGGCGCUUUUUGGAUCUUAUGCACUGCAAAGCUACCCAGCUGCCAUGGAAGAAGUGGUUGCGGCUUUCACCGACUGCACCCGUACAGAUAUUAAUUUUGUUGCCAAUUAUGGAAAUAAAUGUGGGAGCAAUUGGGAAGCUGCUAACUCUGGAAUCGGUGGUCAUCUCCGUGAAAUCGGCCGUUUAUUUGGCUGUCAUGAUCAGGAUAGCGGCAUCAUGUGUGACGACUCCGUCCCGUUGAAUCGAAGUUUCACCAUUCGAGAACCAUAUUCCACUCGAACAAAGGCACAGGGACUACGACUUUGCCUUGAAGAAGACGAAUGUACCUGGCACAGACUUGAUACCCUUCGAUUUAGAUUUCACCCAUGUUUUCGGUUGCCAAGAGAUUCACCUCUUUGCUCUGAUGACUCCAUCCAAGUAUGGUCUGUCGACAAUGGCAAGGUAUUAGUCACUUCGGCAGCUGGCAUUGCUUUCAUCGAAAUAUACGUCGACGAUGAUGAUCUCUGCAGGUCCUAUAUCGAAUAUGUCGAUGGAGAUUCCGGCAAUAAUGGCAUACCGAAGCAGAUCGAUUUUACCGAAGGCGAAAUUCGCCAGCAUAUUACUGAAAGCAUUAAGAAAAUUAGGAAGAUCAAGCUUGUGAUAUAUUCUGGCGGCCUUAGCACUCAUACGGUUGACGACGUUAGCAAAUUGAACUCCAAAUAUUCGACCGCUAAACUACCUAAUGGACAAGUUGGAUAUAGGGGGAACAAAUUGGGACAAUCUCAAUCCCCCAAUGGCCUUCCAGAACAACUGUUUCUAGAAUGUGCCUUCAUCCAGUCGAAGCUUCUACUUUCCGUGAAAGUUUAUCACAAUGGCUUGAUAUAUGGACUGGAGUUUUGCUACGAAGAUUCAACGAGCCAGGUCUUUGGGAACAGGGACCCUCAGGCUACGUGCAGCGAAUUUGUGUUUGACACUCGCCGAGGUGAAAUUCUAAUGGGAUUUUACGUGAAGACAAGUCAGGAAAUCGAUGGAAUUGGAAUUAUCACGAAUCUUAGCAGGAGAUCUGCAGUAUUCGGUAAUAGCAAUGCUAGAGCUGGCCAUACAUUAAUACCCCCGAGGGGUUACAGUAUUGCCGGCAUAUCCGGAUCCGUGGCAUCUUGCAUUGAAGAAAUUUCACUGAUCAUAACUCGAUGAUCAGUUCUCCUUUCCUCUAUGCAGCUUUCACUAGCCUUCCAUAUUCUAUCAUUUGGUCAUACCAACUACGCCCCCUCCUGUGGGAAAACGUGGUUCGAUAUUUCAAGGACUUCCAUCAGGCAAUUCACACAUUGUCCGAGGAUGCCCAUUCGACCUUGCAAAAAUCGCAAUCGACAUUUGGAGUUCUGUAUCCCCGAAAUAGGCACGAGUAUCGUUCAGACCA